AUGAAUCAAACAAGAUUAUUUCUAUUUGGUUUAUUAUUAUUAUUAAAUGUUCAAAUAAUAUCAUCAAAUUCUUAUUAUUUAAUUGAUAUUGAUAAAAAUAUAUCAUUUAAUACAAGUUAUUGUUCAAAUAUAUUAAUAAAUAAAAAUUUAUAUCGUUUACCAAAUCAAUGUCAUAAACAUUUAUUAUGUUAUCGAUAUAAUUGUGAUUAUCGUUUAUAUCGUUCUGUCGGUUAUCAACCAACAUUAGCUACUGAUAUGGGUACUAUGCAAGAACGUAUUACAACAACUAAAAAAGGUUCAAUUACAUCCGCUAUUUAUGUACCAGCUGAUGAUUUAACAGAUCCAGCUCCAGCUACAACAUUUGCACAUUUAGAUGCUACAACUGUCUUAUCUCGUAGUAUUGCUGAAUUAGGUAUUUAUCCAGCUGUAGAUCCAUUAGAUUCAACAUCACGUAUUCUUGAUCCAAAUAUUGUCGGUGAAGAACAUUAUUCAGUUGCACGUAGUAUUCAAAAAACACUUCAAGAUUACAAAUCAUUACAAGAUAUUAUAGCUAUAUUGGGUAUGGAUGAAUUAUCUGAUGAUGAUAAAUUAACUGUUGCUCGUGCUCGUAAAAUUCAACGUUUUCUAUCUCAACCUUUUCAAGUUCUUGCUGAAGUCUUUACUGGUACACCUGGUGAAUUAGAUCAUUUACCCGAAGGAGCUUUCUAUAUGGUUGGUGGUAUUGAAGAUGUAUCUGCUCGUGCUGAAAAACUUGCUGCUGAACGUUAG